CGCUUGACGUCAUAGAUUGUAGGUGAGCACUUUUUCCCAGAGUUAUCUUGUUAUACUCUUCAAGUGGAGAUACAAAAGUGAUACAAACAUGGCGGACGCGAGCAAAUGGAAAUUUCGGGGCGAAGGCAAUGCGUGUUUAGUGCUCGUAAAUCUAGAAGAAAAGAUGGUAUUCCGACUCGCCAAGUCAAAAUAUUGGGGCAAAGGUCAACUUGCGACAAAUGCAGAGAACAAAGUCGACAUGAUACAUGAAGAAAUGCAAUUAGUAGUUGACUACAUGAAGAAUGUAAUGCAGCCAUUGCUGUCACCAUAUUUUGUUGUCCUUCCAGAACUUCGUUUACUUAAUGGUCGACUUACAGAGGAAGCUGAAUAUCAAAUAAAAGCAUCUAGGCCAGGUAAAAUUGCUAUAAUUAUGCAGCUGCAGUCCUGUGAUUAUUGCAACAAAGUUGUGAUGCAUUGUACUUGGGAGAAAAACUUUUUAAAAUUUAAUAAGCUUGUUCAUACCCCAACUCUUAGUGUAGAAAUUAAACCAAAGAAAGCUUUUAUGCAUGUUCAAGACUCCUUGAAUGUCAAGUCAGAAGAAAAGUCUCAAGUGUGCAAAUUCUGCAUGCAUCAGAGAUUAAAGGCAAAAGAGGGUCAGUGGCCAGUCACUAGCAGAUAUUGCCCUCUAGAUUUGUUUUCUGGAAACAGGGUACGCAUGAAGCAAGCACUCCUGUCGCUGGCAGAAACACCGCAAAACAACCUACGUAUUUGCCAGGAUGGUGAGGAAAUCCAUGGAGCGUGGAAUAAAGGGGAUAUGUGUGAGGUACUGGAGGGGUUUUUUGGUUCUAGUCAUAAUGGUGUCUCAAAUGGUGUUCAUAAAGGUCACAAGUUGAUGCAGAUAUUCAUGGACCUUGUUUUAGAGGCAUUGUUGUAUGUUCCUGGUGAUAUAGACGAUUCUCUCUUUGAAAUGUCAAACUCCAAUCCACUUACUGUGCAAUAUUGUCAAAAUAGUCGCUACAGGCCAGAUCUACAUUCUGAUUGUGAUAAUUGUGGUGAUCUACCCACUGGUUGUGUUCUCGAACGUAUACUCUCUACUCAAAUGCUAGACAGCCUAGAUAUUGAUGGCAUAUUUCCACUCUACCUCAAACUGAAGAAGUGUAUCAGUGAAGCUCCAGCUCUUAGACGCAGAUUGUGCAUGGAUGGUCCAUAUUGUGGUGAUGACUGGCUACAAGCGUGUUCCCAGCUUAGCUGUGAUGUUGAUGAUGACCUGUUUAUUGAAGAUUUGGAUUGUAUAAGUUCAAUGGUGAACAAGGUGAAGAGGUUUCUUAUAUCAAAAACGGUUCAGGAUUGUUCUGUUAUGGUGGCACUGCAAAGAGUCCCAGACAGCUACAAUGAAGAUGAAGGGGGACAACUCUUGAAGGAUGUGGAGGGUCGCCUGUUCCGAUUCUCCGUUAGUUUAGUCGACCUUGACCCCAAACCCUUCUGCAAGAUACCGAACUACCAUAAGCAAGAUAAUGAAAUAAUCAACGCGUACAGAGAGGCAUGUGGUGGUGAAUUCUCUGGUACUGUUGAUGAAACAUAGCAGACAAUUUGUACCAAUAUCUCAAGUGUAAGUGAGUGCCACUGUGCGAAAAGUAGCAUUAGGACUAACUCAUAUGAAUCCAUCUCAUCUGUGCAGUCUGAUUUUGAUCCAUACUGUUUGCUUUUCAUUUGCAGAUAAGUGCUUAAAUUGAUAGACUGUAUGGAUGUGGGGUUAAACAGACAGUAUGGAUGUUUGGAUAAACAGACAGUAUUGGCAUUGGGGUAAACAGACAGAAUGGACACUGGGAUAAACAGACAGUAUGGACAUUGGGAUAAAUAGACUGUAUGGACAGUGGGAUAAACAGACAGUAUGGACAUGGGGAUAAACAGACAGAAUCGAUGUUGGGAUAAACAGACAGUAUGGACAGUGGGAUAAACAGACAGUUUGGACGUGGGGAUAAACAGACAGUAUGGACGUUGGGAUAAACAGACAGUUUGGACGUUGGGAUAAACAGACAGUAUGGACAUGGGGAUAAACAGACAGUAUGGACAUGGGGAUAAACAGACAGUAUGGACAUGGGGAUAAACAGACAGUAUGGACAUGGGGAUAAACAGACAGUAUGGACAUUGGGAUAAACAGACAUUAUGGAUGUGCACUGAUCUGGAUCCUUGCUGGUUGCAAGUUGUAGCGCUGGUUUUUGCACAGUGGCUCUCAUAUAAUCUUUAUGUUUAUUAGAUAGAGGACAAUAUACAACAGCAGGAUCUUGUAUGUAAGAAAUCUUACCACCCGACUUGAACAGUGGUGGCUUAUCUGACAUCUCAUUAGUUGCUCUUCGAGUUUAAUGUGUUACAAUGCUUUAAAAUUCUGCUCAUGUAUGGUACUAGAUUUUGCCAUUACUUGCCACUUUGAAUGAAACACUAUCAGAAAUCUGUCAGACUUUCCUUGUUGUGCUGGAAAGCACAGUGCAGAACUUCACUUUCAUAAAGUGCUAAAAGGUUUUGGAAGUUGGUAGAAGUGUUUGAAGUCAGUCAAAUUUUUCUUUUCUUUUUUGUGUUGAAAGUUGAUAAAAAUUUCACUGAAUGCGUUUUUAAAAAAAUGUAAGCUGGUGAGUGAUAUAGUGUCUUCUUGGCCUUUUUGUUUGCUUAUUUGUUUCUUUUUCAUUUCACUGUCUUAUAUCUUUUGGGUAUAUGAGACAAUAACGAGUUCAAAGGUCUGUGUAAUACUCAUUAGUCAUUUACUUGUUUCAUAGGCAUGUACAUAGUCUACGCUUUAAUGAAGAUGUGUAGAGGAAUUGUGAGUGUUAAGCUUUAAACUGUAAAAUAAUUGUAAAUAUUUCAUGUUGCACAGGAUAUUUUAGAUACGGACAGUUGUUUCAGGUGCCAGUGCAUAACAGAAGAAAACAUUGUGAGAUGUAAAUAUGACAUGUAUCAUAUUGAUUGUUUCAUUACACAUGUACCUCAUGUUUAUAGCUUGACUAUUAGUAGUAUAUGGAGAGCUAUCACACUGAGACUUGCAUCGUCAUCCGCAUCUGCAUCUGGAGCUUGGUUUAAGUUUUGAUGCACUUUCAGUUCAUAGCUGGACUUGAACAAACUUCAAAAUUGUUGUUCUUUCAUCAUCCACAUUAUGUGAUAUGAGUUUCAUAACUCUUUCUAAAGUAUUUAAUGAAAUUUGCUUAGUGUCAAAAUAGUCAAGCAGGCUGUCUUCUCUGACAGUUAUUGCCUGUUUACAGUUUUUGCUGAAGGUAGUAGACUCAAAAACAACAGUCAGUAAUUUCUGUUAGAUUGUAUGUAUUCCUAAUUUGUAAUUUCAACAUUUCCAAGCUGGAUAGGAGAACUAUGUUAAGUAGAUAAUGCGAUAUCAGCAAUGCUUUUUAUACGCCCAAAGGGACGUAUUAUGUUAUGACGCUGGUGUCCGUCUGUCAGUUUGCAAUUUCGUGUGGGCUCUAUAACUCUUGAACCCCUUGAAGGAUUUCAAGGAAACUUGAGACAAAUGUUCACCACACCGAGACCACAUACAGAGUGCAUGUUUUGGAUGUCUUGCUGAAAGGUCAAGGUCACACUUAGGAGUCAAAGGUCAUAUCAGUUUGUUUCGUGUCCGCUCUGUAACUCUUGAACCCCUUGAAGGAUUUCAAAGAAACUUCACACAAAUGUUCACCACACCAAGACAACGUGCAGAGCGCAUGUUCCAGACGACUCGCUUCAAGGUCAAGGUCACACUUAGGGUUCAAAAGUCAUAUCAGUUUGUUUCGUGUCCACUCUGUAACUCUUGAACUGCUGAAAGGAUUUCAAAGAAACUUGGCAGAAAUGUUCACCACACCAAGACAACGUGCAGAGCGCAUGUUCCGGAUGACUUGCUUCAAGUUCAAGGUCACACUUAAGGGUCAAAGGUCAUAUAUGACUUUGCUUUGUGUAUAAUGCUCUGCAUUGCAGUGCUCUUGUUUUUAUUUGGCAGAUCUCUUUUUUUGUUCACUUACAAUAAUUUUUUUUUGAAUUACUUCCCUUUUAUGUUACUAUAAAUAGCUUAUUUUUAAACUUUUUUAUUAUUGGCAGUAGGGAAUAACUGAGACCACUUUUCUGUGGUACAACAUGGAUGGUACCUCUAAUUUUUAGGUGUAUUUUUACAUACUUGUACCUGAUAAGGAUUUUUUUUUUUUGUGGACUUUGAAUAUUUUUUUGUGGACUUAGAUUUGUUUUUUGAAGUUUUCCUUUUGUUGUUCUGCUCCUUUGGGCUACAACAGUCAAGUUCUUUAAAUUUUGCUCCCAUCCUAUGAUGUAAUCCUUCGGGCGUAUAUUGCCCCGCUUGGCGGAGCUCUUGUUUAGCUGCUAUUCCUGAAUAAUGGCACUCAUGAGUUCAUAAUGUUCAUUUAUAUUGAUCAGCAUCAAACUCUAGUGUCCUGAAAAUUCAAUUACAAAAUUACCAAAUAUAGGCAAUGUAAUUGCAAAGAUAGUGUAUAGUAAAUAUAUGUGGUACAAAUGAAGGCACUGACCUCCAGAGUGUACGACAAUUAAACAAAAAGAAAAUUUUUAGAUACCAGAUCAGAAAAGUGUUGCUGUAUUACAUAGGAGAUUUAAAAUUUAGUAACUGAGAGAUUAUAUGUUAUGGGAAACCAUAAUAAUUAGUUAGUUUUAUUAAGUUUUCUUUCAAAAUUGAAAAACAUUUGUAAUGGGGUACCAGAGGUAAACUGCCUUAAUUAUAUAAAGAUUCAUAUUUAACAACCAUGGCAGCCUGGGUUGGAUUCUCAACUCGGGCAUUUUUUUCUCUUGAUUUUGCAUUUUUAAGACAGUUUAGAAACAAAAAAGAAAAACUUAAGUUUGAAAGAAAGAUCAUUUUUAUGCCCCGGAAGGGAGGCAUAUUAGUUUUCAACUGUCCGUCUGUUAGUUCGUUUGUCACAACGUUAACUUUUUGCAUGAAGGCACUUUACUCUCGAACCACUGCACCCAGGACCUUCAAACUUCACUUGCUAAUAGUACUUAUUGAGUACACGACCCCUAUUGACUUUGGGGUCACCAGGUCAAAGGUCAAGGUGCUGCGGGGGCAUUUGUCACCAUUAGUGACAGCUCUUGUUGAUUAAAAAAAAUCAGCAGGUCAGUGCCUUUAAAGACUGAAUAAUAGCAAAAUAUUU